UGAAAAGUGAUUCGAAUGGUUUAUUAAUGGAAAAGCGAAAAAUUAAGAAAACGGUCAAACCUUUUUCUCUCUCAUUUUCUACUCCCUCAAAACUUUCUCUCCUUUUCUCUUUCAUUCUCAUUCAUUCUCAUUUUGUUGUUGUCUCUCGUUCUCACCUGUAGUAAUUUAUCUUCUUCUCUUCCUCCUCCAGUCUCUCUCUCCAUUACCAAAAUAUCUUCCAUCAAUCUAAUUCUUUAACCUGUUCACUUUUCCAUUUCAUUUUCUAUUUCAAGUGAUAAUCAUCAUUGAGAAAAAUUCUACUCUCUUUAAAACUUAUUCUUCAUCUUUUUCUUUCUCUUCUUUCCUCCAUCUUCCAACUUGUUCAUCUUUUCUUCUUCUUUAAUGGCUAGUCCAUCAUCUUCAGUGACAUCUUUCUCUCCAUCAUCUUCCUCAUCUUCCUCAUCAUCUAUGGCAUCAACUCAUCGUUUAUCUUUUUUCUAGUUUAGUGCCUCAUCCAUUUCAACGCCGGUGUUUAUUCAGCACUUGUUUUGGUUGGUUUGUUGAACAAUAACAAUUAAUUUUAUUCCACAAUUACAAUCAAGCCAUAUCAUCUCAUCGGUGCUCAUUAACUUGAUCAACUAUUCUCAUCCAACAAAUCAUUUAAUUGGUCAUUUAAAACACAAAUUUACUCAUCAAAUAUGGAGCUUAAAUAUAAAGCUUUUGGAGUUUCGUUCCUAUUAUUGUGCUUUUUUCAUCAAUAUUUCACCAUUUUUCGGUCACUGAUAAACUUUUUGGGCAUUUUCACUGUCCUCGGGGUAUUAGCCUGGGAACUUGCACCUUUCCUAUUGUCCUUCUUCAAACCCUUUGCCCCAAAGGUCAAUCCCAGAGGAAAAGCAAUCCUAGUAACAGGAUGUGACUCAGGAUUCGGACAUGGAACAGCCUUAUUGCUCAACAAAAUGGGUUUCAAAGUGUUCGCGGGUUGUUUGUUCCCGACUGGACCGGGUGCCGAUAGUUUGAAGGCUAAAGCCGAGAAUCCGGACUCAAUGAUCGUGGUUAAAAUGGACGUUACAAAGGAUGAAGAUCUAGACGCUGUUUAUAAAUUAAUUGUCUCCUCGUUGGACCAGAAAAAUAACAACGAACAACUUUAUGGAUUAGUAAAUAACGCUGGUAUCCUGCGAAUGGCUCCAAUUGAAAUGGGCGAUUUUAAUUACUUUGUCAAAGAUCAGUUUGACGUAAAUGUUUUCGCUGUCGUUCGAGUGACACAAAAAUUUUCAUCGCUUAUCCGACAAUCAAAGGGCCGUAUUGUUGUCCUUUCCUCAAUCGCCUCUCGGAUUUCAGCUUCGCCUUUAGCCGCUUAUUGUAUGUCCAAACAUUGUAUCACCGCUUUCUGUGACUGUCUCCGUGAUGAGAUUACUGAUUCUGGUGUUAAGGUCACUUCAAUUGAACCUUACUUUUAUGGUACCGAUAUGUUGACCACCAACAAUUUAAAUCUUCACGACGACAAAUGUUGGAAUACAACCAGUGAAUCAAUUAGAAAAGCUUUCGGACAGUCCGCUUACAAGAAAAUGAUCGCUGACUUUUUCACACUAAUUCGACUCAAUGCCUUGGGGGCCAAUCAAGAUCCCAGCGAAGUUUCUCGAACUGUUGCUAAAGCGCUAACCGAACCCGAACCUUUGUACAGAUACGUUUGUGCUUCUCCUUACAUUAAACCUCUUCUUCUUAUGGGUCCAUUGGUUCCUCGAGAGAUUUUCUCAUGGUUUCAUAAACAACUCUUCCAAUUAGCCUGUAAUCAAAUGGAAAAAUCAAAAUCUCAUUAGCCCAAGUUAAAUCAACAUCAUUAGCGUUCUAAUGACAUUUUUUCCUCUUGAUUAUAUUCGUGGUCAUGACUGAACAAUCAAAAAUUAAAUUCAAAUUGUACAUUGUGGUUAACAUAAAAAAAGGAAUGAAAACAAACCUUGACCAAAAUCGUUUUUGUACCAAUCAUUGUAUUGUUUUCUAUUGCAUUUGAUUUCUUGCUCGAGAUUUUGAUCACAUAUUGAUGAAGAAAACAAUUAAAAUACAAACCAGUUAAUUUACCCAA